GCAAUAAUGAAUCACUACAAACAAGCAAUGAAAAAAAUGAAGACUCACCACUAUCAAGUAAUAAGCUGAUCAGAAAGAUCAAAUUUACAAGUGAAAUGUUUAAUGAUGAGAUUGUUAAAAAAUUAUUUGAUAGAUCUAAUAAUGCUAAUGCAAAAGAUUAA